AUGUCGUCAGGAGGAAACGACCAGCAGAUUCCGGUCGGGAAUGGUCAGCAACCGUUGGGUAACGGUGUUCCGAGACAGCAGCCGCCGUUUAUUCGUCCCCCAGUGCUACAACAAGUUCCUCCGAUGCCGGCUGCACCUGUGGAUCCAUACUUCCAAUGGUUACAGCAGCAGCAGCAAUCCUGUAUGGCAGAGCUUUUUCGACAACAACAAGAGGCGAUGAGUCGACAGCAAGAGGCCAUGAAUCAGCAGCAGGAAAUGUUUAUGCGACAGCAAGAGCAGCUGCUUCGAAGUAUAAUGACGACCAUUCAAGUACAAGUGCCACCGAAUCCGGAGGCGAUACUGGACUCGCUUGCCAACAAUGUUAAGGAGUUCAGGUAUGAUCCGGAGAGCAGUGUGACGUUUUCGGCGUGGUACAAAAGGUACGAAGAUUUGUUCGAGAAGGAUGCUAGUCGGCUGGAUGAAAGUGCCAAGGUUCGAUUGCUGAUGAGAAAGUUAGGAAUGUCUGAGCAUGAGCGCUAUGUUAGUUUUAUCCUACCAAAGGCUCCGAAGGAUUUUUCGUUCAUUGAGACGGUGACAAAACUAAAUUCUCUUUUUGGCGCCUCAGAGUCCGUUAUCAGCCGGAGGUACCGUUGUUUGCAAAUAACGAAGUUGAUCAACGAAGAUUAUGUCACGUAUGCUUGUCGAAUCAAUAAGUCGUGCGUGGAGUUUGAAUUGACGAAACUAACGGAAGAGCAGUUCAAAUGUUUAGUGUUCGUCUGUGGCUUAAAGUCAGAUAGAGAUGCUGAAGUGAGGACAAGAUUGCUGACUCGAAUUGAGGAACGAGAUGACGUAACAUUGGAGCAGAUUUCGGAAGAAUGCCAGAGAUUGGUCAAUUUGCGGCAUGAUACGGAAAUGAUUGAGAACCCGACGUCCGUGAAUGCAAUGCGAUCGUGGAAGCAGUUCAAGAGAGGUUCGACGAAAUAG